AUGACAAAGCCAAGUGUGACGAGAAUCAAGCCGAGAUUAAUGAGAAGCAUGAGACAACACAUGCCUCGGAUAUUGGGACAAAAGGGAUUCGGAGCCGACAUCGCUUCGACCUUCGCUCCCAUGCGUCUCUGCGAGUGCAUGCUUCGUCCACUUCGACCAGUCUUUCUGCUGCUUGCAACUGAGUAG